AUGGCAACGGCACGAAGGAUCCUGAAUGUCGGCCUCAUCGGCUGCGGUGAGGUUGCCCAGGUCGUCCAUAUUCCGACACUGUCUUUCAUGUCCUCCUGGUUCCGUAUCACGUACCUGUGCGAUGUCUCCGACGCCGCGCUGAAGCACUGCGCCAGCAAGAUUGCAAACCACGUCCCGAAAACCACGAGAGACCCUGAAGAACUAUGUGCCUCCCCGGACGUAGAUGUCGUGCUGGUCGUCAACUCGGACGAAUACCAUGCCGCGCACGCCAUCCUUGCUCUGAAGCACAACAAGCAUGUACUCGUCGAGAAGCCACUUGCUUUGACACGUAAAGAUAUCGAGGCUAUCAUCGAGGCUGAAAAGACCAGCCAAGGGAAAGUCAUGGUCGGCUACAUGCGCCGAUAUGCGGCGCCGUUCGAAGAGGCAGUCAAGGAAAUUGGUGGCAUGGACAAGAUUCUGUACGCCAGAGUGCGAGACAUCAUCGGUCCUAAUGCCCACUUUGUACAGCAGUCCGCGACCUUCCCGGAGAGGUUCACAGACUUCAGGCCGGAGGACUCUGCCGACAAGGACGCCCGAGCCCAAGACAUGAUCAAGACAGCCCUUGAGGUUGAGUGUGGCGGCGUUCCCAUCACCCCAGAAUCAUCGAGAUUCUGGCGUGUGCUUGGUGGCCUCGGCUCUCAUGACCUUUCAGUCAUGCGCGAGGCGCUUGGCAUGCCAGAAAAGAUUGUCGGGUCUUCAUUGGGAGUGCCUUUCUGGAACGUACUAUUCAAAUACCCCGGCUUUACCGUCUCGUACGAGUCCGGGUUGGACAAUGUUCCGCGUUUCGACGCUCACCUGGAGGUGUACUCGCCCAACAAGACAGUCCGUGUACAGUACGAUACUCCAUAUGUCAAGGGUCUACCAGUGACCAUGCACAUUACCGAGAACGUCGAUGGCGUCUUCCGUGAGAGCACCAUCAGGAAGACCUAUGAGGACCCAUACACGUUGGAAAUGAAGCAGCUCUGGACUCUGGUAGUCGAGGGCACACCAGUCAAGACGACUCCACAGGAUGCGCUCAACGAUCUGGAGAUCUUCCGCAUGAUCAUGAGGCAUGGGUACGGCUCCUCCAGCUGA